AUGCGCCACACUGCCUUGGCCACCUUUGGGAGAAAGACCUCAAAGUCAUAUGACUGGUUUGAAGCAAAGUCCGCCGAGAUGGCUCUUGUCAUUGUGGGCAAGCGCGACGCUCUUGCAGAAUACAAGCGGUCACUCAGCAAGAGAAACCUGCAGAUCAUCCGAGCUGACUGGAGCAAAGCUUAUAAAACUGCCAGACACUGCGCUAACGAGUACUGGACAGAGCUUAGCGAAACCAUCCAGACAGCAGCAAUUACAGGGAACAUAAGAGGGAUGUACGAUGGCAUCAAGACGGCAAUGGGACCAGUGCAGAACAAAACUGCUCUCCUUAAAUCCACCACUGGGGAAGUCAUUGUAGACAAGGAGCAACAGUUUGGAGAGAUGGGUAGAACACUUUUCCGGCCUCUAUUCCAGGCAGCCCUUGAUGCCAUUGAGUGCCUGCUGGUCAUGGAGAACCUCGAUACCGAACCGACCAGAGAGGAGCUUAGCAAAGCUAUUGACAGCUUGGCCUCAGGGAAGGCCCCUGGCAGUGACGGAAUCCCCCUUGACCUGAUCGGGUACUGCAAGACUGCCCUACUGCUCCCAUUGCACGAGGUCCUCUACCAAUGCUGGAAAGAAGGGGCCGUACCUCAGGACAUGAGAGAUGCCAAAAUCGUCACCCUCUACAAAAACACGGGUAAGUGA